UAUGAGUAAGUGGGUGCAGAACUUGUUUUUAGAGUUGCCAUCCUUUCAAUGAUCGACAUUCUGGCUGAAGCUGGUGGCGAGGUGUCAUCGGUCAGAGUUUCCUUCUGUUUCCUUCAAAGGGGGUCUUCCACGGAUGGUAACCAAUGAGCAACAUCCGGAAAGGCCUUUCUGUGAUCUCACUAAACCCGUUCAAGCGGUAUCGGCAAGCCCAAUGAGUGUUUCCAGCGCGAUCUGACUGGCCGCAUAGAAAGGCCACCGUUGGAAGUCUAAGGAUCACACCAGCAUCCAGCCGAUGGCUGUUUGGCCAGAUCCAGAAAGCAAGAGGUGAGAGUCUAUUGCUCUUGCCGAUCAAACUUGACAACCAUUAUUCUUUCAUAUUCUUUCAGAUGGUCACGGUUUGGACUUCUUUAAGUCCUUGAAUAGCUUGUCAAUGCUAACUAACAACACCAUCCAGACCCUUUCCACAUCUUUCCAUGAUGAAAACCCAAACUUUCUGAAACUGCCAUGCACUUCUGAAAACCAUGGCUUACUUCCAUCUGUGGUAUUAUACCAACUCACCACAUCUAACAACAUCUAACCACUCCAUUCAUCACACUAAAAACCACACUGAUCGCGCCUUCUGGGCCAAGACCAGCUGGUCCUUUGGCAGCCUCUCGUGGGCCAUCUCAGCUACCUCAUCAUGCUCCUCAUUUGGCAAGAUUUGCGACGUCUUUGUCGGAAGCCUCUUCUAGUCUUCUUGGACAAGCUGUGUAUCGCACAGCGUGACCUCUAUCUCAAGGAGCGAGGCAUCCGUGGCCUCGGCAGCUUCUUGAAGUGCUCACGGUCCUUGACGAUCUUAUGGUCCCCCAGGUACUUCUCCAGUCUUUGGUGCUGCUAUGAGGUGGCCUCUUACCUGAAGGAUGAGAGUCAUGCUUCUGGCAAAGCGAAGCCUAUCGAACUGAUUCCAGUCACCAUGGCUGGGAUGCUCCUGAUUGCUUCACUCAUGGCGUCCAUGUGGCUCUUGGCGCUUUGCUGCCUCAUGAGCUUCGGCUCGAUCGCUUCGGAGCUCCUCCAGGAUCGGGUCCUCUUUGAGCUCUUUGGCAAAGGCAACAUCUUCGUGCCAUUUGCGACAUACUUGGCACUGGGUUACACAAGCCUAUUUGAACUUCCAGAACAUCUCAGUGAGUUUCGAGUGCAAGAGACCCGAUGCUUUUGCUGCUCCAACCAGCAUCGACACCCCUUCAGCGAUGAAGAGCUCCCUUGCGACCGCGAGCUGGUCUUCGCCACGCUCCAGAAAUGGUUUGGAUCAGCACCCGAGGGUGAAGAGGACGAGGAGUACUUGGAUCGAUUCAACCUCUUGGUCCAAGAGAAGUUGAGCAGUCGAAUGUCCAGCACUGUGGGAAGGGGCCUGCCGCCUUUACGCCACGUCCUCUCCACGGUUUGCGUGGCUCCGGUCCCUUUCUAUUCCGUCUUUGUGACCAUUUGGUUGUGGGAGCUGAUGCAUGGCGAAGAGGAAGAAGAAGAGAUGGAGUCGUCCCUGCGUUGGACCGAGAACCUGCUGGAGCUUCUGGGGCCACCUUUGUAUGGCAUCUUAAGCCUCUUAGCGAUGGUCCUGCUUUGCCGCCUCGUCUUCCUGGCGCGGAAGCGCUUGGGGCUUCCCAGUCGCAUCAGGUGGCUCACACGAGUGCUGCUUUCCUUGCUCCUGAGCCCACUGUUGGCGCUCGUCUUGAGCUUCGCUGUGUGGGAUCCCCUCUUUGUGGUGGAAGACCAUCCACUUCUCUCUUUGGUCUUGUUCUUCGUCUACCUGUUCGUGGCACUGGGCACCUUCUGCCUGCCUUCUUUCAGCUCCACAGGUCCGUGGUGGCCACGGAGCAAGUCGGCGCGUGGCAAAGAAGAGCCCAGCAGCACCCUCGUGCAUGAGGUUCCCAACAUGUCGAUCUUGGAGGAAGAGGAUGAGUACGUCUCAGAGUAUUUUUGAUGACAUAUUCAAUCAUAUCUUCUUUGUUUUGACGACGUGUUUUCUAUUCAGCUGUGUGAUUCUGCCGUCUUGGGGGCGCUGGAGGAGUUCUGCUUAUUGUCAUGGGGCGGCAGCUAAAAGAACUCGGACUUUCAGUGUCGAUCUCCAAACCCACCUGAAAAAACCUGCCAAAAGCAAUCUUCACUUACAGAUGGUAGUUCAUGGUUUUUCAAACCUUGACUUCUGUUUGACUAUAGGUUU